AUGCAGGUUUACAGACUGAGUAAUGGCAGUGGGAUCAAUGUGACACUUGAUGCUGCAGGUUUAACAACUCAAUAUUCAGAUGUUGUUAACAUCUUGAUCAUUGUACUUAUAUCUUUACUUAUUUUACUCACAGUCGGAGGCAACACGCUGGUUGUAUUGGCUUUCUUUGUGGAAAAAAAUCUUAGAAACCAGAGCAAUUUCUUUCUCCUAAAUUUGUCCAUUGCUGAUUUUAUUUUAGGUGCAUUUGCUAUCCCUUUGUAUGUACCAUAUUUGCUGACAGGAAAGUGGCAGCUUGGGAAAUUCCUCUGCAAAGUGUGGCUAAUUGUUGAUUACACCAUGUGCACAGCGUCAGCGUUUAAUGUCGCUCUUAUCAGCUGGGAUCGAUUCCUCUCUGUCACUCAGGCUGUGUUAUACCGAUCUCAACAGAACAGUCACUGCCGGACAUUUAUGAAGAUGACUGCAGUCUGGAUACUGUCAUUUCUUCUCUAUGGCCCAGCAAUCAUUUGUUGGGAUUUUUUUCUCACUACAGAGGAAAGUUCAGAAGACAUUUGCAUAGCUGGAUUUUAUUACACAUGGUAUUUCCUUCUUACAGCAUCAGCAUUUGAUUUUGUUCUCCCACUGAUAAGCAUUUCAUUUUUCAAUCUGAGCAUUUUUUGUAACAUUAGAAAACGUAGUCGAAGGAAAAUGCAGAACUCCAUUUCUCUUCCUACAGACAAGAGUAGAAAAGAGACAAAACUAUACACGAUAGCUACAAAUGUUACUCCUCAGGUAUCUCAGUUAGAGAUCCAAAAGGACUCAUGGUUACCAUUUAGGAAGAUAAUUAAGAUUUGCUGUAAUCAGUGCUUCGAUAUCUCCUCCUCUUCCCACAAUAAUAACAGCUCAAAUCAAAUCACAAAUCUUUCUAGGGACAAAAAAGUAGCAAAAUCUCUUUCAGUUUUAGUGUGCAUUUUUGCCAUAUGCUGGGCUCCUUAUACAUUCCUAAUGAGUAUACGUGCCGCCUGUCAUGGUAACUGCAUUCAUAUUUAUUGGUAUGAUAUAACAUUCUGGUUGCUGUGGACUAAUUCUGCAAUAAACCCUAUUAUCUACCCUUUAUGCCACAAAGGUUUUCGAAAGGCAUUCCUCAAUAUUGUUAUGUGUCUACGCAUGAAGAAUCCCAAAGUUUAA